CUCACUUUCACAAAGCUUAAACAAAGUUGGUCAAUCUCUCUCUGCUUACUGUCUUGAUCAAAUGGCCUCUCAGUUUCUAUUUUUCGCAUCCCUUGCUGUAACCUUUUCCGUUGCUUUGGCAUCGGACCCAAGUUCUCUUCAGGAUUUCUGCGUGGCUGAUGCAACGAGCUCAGUACUGGUUAAUGGUCGUGUUUGCAAGGACCCUAAGCUUGUUGAAGCCAACGAUUUCUUCUUCAGUGGACUUCACCUAGCAGGCAACACAUCAAAUGCAGUUGGUUCACGUGUGACUCCAGUUAGUGUAGCCCAAAUUGGAGGACUUAAUACCCUUGGCAUCUCUGUUGCGCGUAUUGAUUUUGCCCCAUGGGGUCUUAACCCUCCACAUACACACCCUAGAGCUACUGAAAUUUUGACAGUCCUGGAAGGGAGCCUCAAAGUUGGUUUUGUCACCUCCAACCCCGAAAACAACCUCAUCACCAAGGUGCUUCAGAAGGGUGAUGUUUUUGUGUUCCCAGUAGGUCUUGUGCAUUUCCAGCAGAAUGUUGGACAUGGUAAUGCAGUUGCCAUUGUAGCUCUCAACAGCCAAAAUCCAGGUGUCAUUACCAUUGCAAAUGCUGUAUUUGGAUCAAAACCUGAUAUCCCUGCUGAUAUUCUUGCAAAGGCUUUCCAAGUGGAUACGAACGCGAUCUACGGUCUUCAGUCCAAGUUUUAG